UGUCCCUCCCUGACUCCGGCUUACGUGCUUCAUUCACUCCCGGGGCCUGGAGGAGAGGAUCGUGGGCUUGGCAGAGGGCUUAGAUGGUGGAAUAGCAUCACAUAGCGUUACGACAAAGAGCAGAAGGUGUCGGCAGCCACUUGCCUGGCAAACCAUACAGAAUGUUCUCCAGAUUAAGAAUAGCUUCCGCUCCCUGCGUGUCGGCAUGUCGCGGAGUACAUACAAAAGACAAAGGCAAGGUCUUGAUGCUGAACCCCAGAACAAAUAAGGGCAUGGCGUUUACGUUAAAAGAGCGGCAAAUGCUUGGCCUCCAGGGACUUCUACCACCAAAGUUUGAGACGCAAGACAUCCAAGCCUUACGGUUUCAUAGGAACGUGGGGAAAAUGACCGACCCUUUGGAAAAAUACAUCUAUGUGAUGGGCAUGCAGGAAAGAAACGAGAAGCUAUUCUACAGGGUAUUGCAAGAUGAUAUUGAGCAAUUAAUGCCAAUUGUUUAUACACCAACAGUAGGCUUAGCGUGUUCCCAGUAUGGACAUAUCUUUAGGAGGCCAAAAGGGUUAUUCAUUGCCAUAACAGAUAGGGGCCAUAUCAGAUCCGUUGUGAAUAACUGGCCAGAAAACGAUGUGAAGGCUGUUGUCGUCACAGAUGGAGAACGGAUAUUGGGUCUUGGUGAUCUGGGUGUGUAUGGGAUGGGGAUUCCUGUUGGCAAGCUCUGCUUAUAUACAGCAUGUGCUGGAAUACAACCCGACAAGUGCCUCCCCGUGUGUAUUGAUGUCGGCACAGACAAUCAGACGCUUCUGCAGGACCCGUUUUAUAUGGGGCUCUACCAGAACCGAGACCGCUCUCAGCUGUACGAUGAACUCAUUGAUGAGUUCAUGGAAGCCAUCGUAGACAGGUAUGGCCAAAACACCCUCAUUCAGUUUGAAGACUUUGGCAACCACAACGCUUUCCGCUUUUUGAGGAAAUACAGAGAGAAAUAUUGUACCUUCAAUGAUGAUAUACAGGGGACAGCUUCGGUGGCCUUAGCUGGGUUGUUGGCAGCGCAGAAAGUUCUUGGUAAACCAAUUACAGAGCACCAGAUCUUGUUCCUUGGUGCAGGAGAGGCUGCCCUUGGAAUUGCAAAUCUCAUCGUCAUGGCUAUGGUGGAAAGCGGUCUUUCUCCAGAAAAAGCUUAUAAGAAAAUAUGGAUGUUCGACAAAUACGGCUUAUUGGUUCAGGGUCGGGAACAAACAGUUGAUGCCAACCAAGAGUCCUUUACUCACGCAGCCCCAGACCAGGUGCCAAAGACCUUCUUAGAAGCAGUGAAUGUGCUUCAGCCUUCGGCCAUCAUUGGGGUUGCAGGCGCAGGCCGGCUCUUCUCUCACGACGUUCUCAAAGCGAUGGGCUCCAUCAACCAGAGACCGAUCAUAUUUGCACUGAGUAACCCUACUGCGAAAGCCGAGUGCACUGCUGAGGAGGCAUACACAUUAACAGAGGGGCGUUGUCUGUUCGCAAGCGGCAGCCCUUUUGAGCCAGUGAAGCUAAGUGAUGGGCGAUCCUUCAAACCGGGACAAGGAAACAAUGCGUACAUAUUUCCAGGUGUUGCUCUUGCUGUUAUUCUCAGUGGGGUUCGGCACAUUAGCGAUCAAGUUUUCCUGGAGGCUGCGAAGGCGUUAACAGAGCAGCUGACCGAGGAAGAACUUGCCGAGGGACGGCUUUAUCCUCCUCUUGCAAACAUCCGGGAGGUUUCCAUUAACAUUGCCGUUAAAGUUAUGGAAUUUUUGUAUGCCAACAACAUGGCUUUCCAUUACCCUGAGCCUGCAGACAAGAACAAGCACAUACGGUCGAGGAUCUGGAACACUAAGUACGAAUCGUUUCUGCCAGAUUUGUAUGAUUGGCCAGAAUCUACGGCGUAUCCACCCAAAACACACUGACUCGCCCAAGGGGCAUGUUCCUCAGGUGGCACCUGAAAUUCUGCAGGGAAUCUCUUUCCGGAACAGAUUUAAAACCAGGAAUGUUUUGAGACUUUUAUUUUUUUUCCAACAACAACAAAAGUAUUUUUAAACCUUGCCCCAUAACAAUUGCUUGGAUUGCUCCUGGUGUAGAUUUUCCCUCUGACGAUUUGCAUUCCAGUGGAUGGAAGUGAUUUAUCUGGAACCAAGAUACAAAAACUUACAUUGAUUUUUUUUUUUAAAAAAAACUUCACUUUUACAGUCCUCAGGGUCACUUAACCAUAUACAGGAAAUCCUUAAUUGUCAUUCCUGUUAUAUAGACCCAGUUUAUAUAUUUAGUGCUGAAGCUUCUUCUGAGCUGCCCCACUUCAGACUGCAAGUGAUCUUCUUUAUCUAUAUUGGAAAGGAAUAAACUCACUGAGUGUAGAAAAUUAGCAUGUCAGAAAGAUUUGGCCUAGCCUUUUGGCAUGUGCUGUUUUUCUACUUGCACAGAACUUAUUUUUUUAUGGAGGAAACAUUCAGACAUGCAACCUUCCAGUAUCCUGAAGUGGUGCAGCGCAGAAAAGGUUUUACCUCUUGAUCUGACUGCAUGCAUAAACUGGGCCUUCAGCUGGCUACCAAAUCUCUCCAUCCCCUUUUUGUACUGUAUUUUAUAUGUGGCCUGAUGGCCCUUGCAGUUGUCUGAUGUUCUGAGCUUUGUGGCCUCAAUUGGGCAAUGUCAGAUUUUAGGACGGGCUACCAGCUUCCUUUGCAGGUAAACCUGAUGAGUUGUCUGUUCUGAGCUUCGAGUAAGCAACUUUGCCCUUCUUUAGCUCUGCUAUAAAAGACAAAAACAAAACUUUGCCAGCAAGCAUGAUUUCAGAGUGCUUCCACAAGGCAGUUUAUUGUGAAGUCUUUGCCGUUCACAAAUGCAGCUUCCACACAAUGUCACAAUGCCCUCCCAUAUUAUUUUCCCAUUUAAUACGGGUUUACCGUUUCUGCAGAAAAUCCAGGAAGUAACACCCUCCUCGCAAAAAACAACAACAAUAGAACUGGCUUAAAUGCGGUGGGCUAAAUUAUGGGAUGGCAUUCUGAUGAGGAUGAUGUUUCAGGGAUGCAGCAAAAAACCUUUGUGCGUGAACAGCACAGAGUCCACAGUAAACUGUGUGUAAGUGACCUAAGUCUCUUGAAUCUAUACUAGGGGUGUGAGAACCUUUGACCCUCCAGAUGUUGCUGAACUACAACUUCCGUCAUCCCUGGCCCAAUGGCCAUGCUUGCUGGGGCUGAUGGAAGUUGGAGUUCAGCAACAUCUGGAGGGCCAAAGGUUCUCCACCCCGUGCGCCCAGUGUUGGCUUCUACAGUGUCUCAUGCAACUUUGGGUUUGCGACCAAGGUACGUGUGAGGUAUCCAUUCUACCCAUUUUGCCUUUUCAAAGUUUUUCACUGCGGGGUGGUUACACUCCAUAGCCCCAAAUCCUGGACCUGCAAUGCAUCCUCAGAGCUGUGUCCCAAUGGCAUCAGCAUUGGGGUAGUCUUCCCAUCUCUGCAUUUCAGUCUCCUGCACAGGGCAUCCCCAGCUCCCAUGGGAAUUCUGCAUUGGAAAAACACAAUACCCACCCAAGCUUUGGAUUGAGGCAUGCAUUUAGGAGUUAGCUUGAACCCGCUUUAUUUUACAACGCAAUAGCAAGAAUUGUUGGGUACAUU